CUCUUCCACGAACAUUCAAAGCGUUCAGUCAUAUAAUUAUAAGCAAAAAAAAUGUUUUUAUAACGAAGUUCGAUUUAAGAAGUCUUCAGUGAUUCGAAUACGAACGUGAGUGAUUAUAUUCGAGUAUCCGUAUUUUUUGUAUUGAUUUGACAUUCUCUAUUAUACGAUUACAACGUGAAUAAAAAGAUACCCGUCUGUGAAGUUAUUGUAAAAUGAAAUCAGGAAUAAUUUUUCACAAAAUAAAUUCAACACGUUAAAUAAUCAAUGAUGUAUGGAAAAGAUCUCAUAUUUUAUUGUAUGCUUCCAAUCAUUGCUUCAUCUUCGACACUUUGGUCAAAUUUGACCGGUGACAACAAAGAAAAAGAUUAUUCAACUACGAUACGAUAUCAACUUGAUACAAAUAAUAUGAAAAAUUAUGAUGAUGGAGAAGAUUGGUAUAAUUUGCAUGAAAAUUUUACCAAAAAUAACGACGAUAUGGAGUAUCGCAUCAAUUUCACGAAUAAUAAUCACGAGCGAUUGAUGAUUGAUGAUUUCACACAAUAUAAAUCUCGAGCGCAUGAGAAUGAUAGUCAAAUAUCGGUGAAUUCUCGCAAUUCAACAGAGUUUGACAGCAGAAGAAAUUUUAUAUCACAAGAACUUAAUGACUUAAAAAGGAUCAAAGGCAAUAAUGAUCUUUCUACGUAUGAUUCCUUUAAUAAUUUCAAUAGAAGUAACCGUGAAAUUAAUAUUAUACCAUACAAGAUGUGCGACAAUAUUACCUGUAUUCAACUAUGCUGUCCUUUUGGUAAUCGUCUGAUUAAUGGAAAAUGCAUUCCUGAACAAGGUUACUUUGUUUUCCUGCGAAACAUGUAUGGUUACAUUAAUGAUUCGUUUCAAACUAAAAGUGAAAAAGUAGAUGAUGCAUUUCUCUUGGUUGUUCACGAUCCAUGUCAGAAAACUGGACACUACUUGAUGAAUCCUUACUUAAUACAGAACAAAUUUCUUAUUAAUGGCUCUUUGUAUCUACCUGAUUACAACACAAUUGUCGAACCAACAUCUUAUUGUCUUGCGGUCGUAAAUUACAAUAUAUUUGCUGUGAACGUUUGCUUUGAGAUUAUGAAAAAGAUUAUAAGUAAAACUACAAAUAACAAUAAAGAUAUAAUUUAUCCGAUUAAUACGAAUGAAAACUUAGAGCACAUCAAAAACGAGUACAUGUCGCACGAAUACUUUAAAAACUCUAAUACAGUUAAUAAUAAAAGUAAUAUCAUUCCAUACAAGAUGUGCGACAAUAUUACCUGCAUUCGGUUAUGUUGUCCUUUCGGUAGUCGCCUGGUUAAAAGAAAAUGCAUCGCCCAACAGGGUAACUUUAUUUUCCUCGAAAAAAUGUUUGGAUACAUUAAUGAUUCAUCAAGAAAUGAAAAUAAAAAGAUAAACGAAUUAUUUCUUCUGAUUGUCCACAAUCCAUGUCAGAAGACUGGAUAUCAUUGGUUUAAUCCUUACAACACUUUCUUUCUCGCCAAUGGUUCUUUGUAUCUAUCUCAUUACAACACAAUCAUUGAAUCAACAUCCUAUUGCCUCGCUAACAUAGCUCAAGAUAAAUUUAUUGUGAACGUUUGUUCGGACAUUAUGAAGAAAAUCACGAAUGAGACUAUACGCCAUAAAGGAAAAAAUGUAUUCUUUCCGAUUAGUUCAAUUAUGAUCGUAUUUUCAUGCGGCCAAUUAGGAGUUAUACUGUCUUCAUUGAUGAUGUUCAUAGUGUACUCCAUACAGCCAGAACUUCAAAAUAUACAUGGCUUUAUACUAUGUAGAUAUAGUGGAUUGAUAUUCGUUGCGUAUACGAUUUUCCUGAUGGACACACUAAUCGAAAAGGAUGCUUUAGGAGAUUACAUCUAUAUCAUAUUUGCUGUUGUCAAAUACCAUGCCUUUUUCGGAAGUUAUCUUUGGUUAAAUGUAAUGAGUUUCAAUAUUUGGCGUACAUUUAGACAAUUGCAUUCGUCACAAAGAAUGAUGAAACAAGAAGAGAAGAAAAUGUUAAUAAUUUAUUCUAUCUAUGCAUGGGGAGUCCCUUUUAUUAUUAUUUAUAUUUUAUUAUUAUUUAUCCUAUUUUUUCCUCUCAUACAAAAUAACUUUGGACUUGUUGGCAGACUAGCAUAUUGGUUGUAUUAUUAUGGAAUUAUUAUCUCUGUUACCAGUAACAUUUGUUUAUCCUUCUUUACGGCACGAAAAAUCGCAUAUUUAAAACAAAAUGAUGCUUAUCACCUGAGAAAUUCAGAAAAGAAACAUUAUGAUGAUCAAAAACAAUGGUUUAAGUUGCAGCUAGAGGUAACUAAAGUGCUGUUUAUCAUCAUGUGUGUAAAAACGUACAUAAAUGUCGAAGAGUUAUAUAAUAAUGAUAAUAAUAAUGAUAAUGAUACAUUAUCUGGUACUCGGCUCUUUGUGCUGGACGUUAUACAGUACUUUUACGUUUUCAUUAUAUUUGUAUGGAAGAAAAAGAGCUUAGGCAGCUAUUCCUCAAGCGAUUGAGUUGUCAAAGUUGUGGAAUAUUUUCAGUAACUCAACAUACUAUUGUAUCCUCAAACAAUCGCAGCACUACUUCAGCGAUGACUCUUCCAUAGGAAAAGAUCAAUUCUUACGAAACAGCUAAUUGCAAAAAGUUCAUUCGAUUUGAUCUUUGAUCUUUAGUUUUACUUUUUUAUAUCAUAACAGGCUCCUAGAUCGUGAAAAGAAGCGCUUCUUAUUUAAGAGUGACUGCUCUUAUUUAAGAGUGAGUGUUAAAAUAAUUUUUAAUUAAGAAAUAAUUUUACAUGCAUGGUUUUGCGAUACGAAUCUAAUUAAUUUAGGCGCGGAUGUUCGCGAGCGAGGAACGGUAUACGAGAAAUAUGCGUCGGAGAACCCUUGGCGGAAAUAGCGGUUUAUUCCAUCUCGAGACAUAAUGACACGUGUCGGCGAUGUAGAUAUAUUAGAUGCCGAUUGAAUGCUCGAUUGUAUUGGAGUAUCUGAGUUCCGAUUCUGCGGUAAGAAUUUCGGAAUAUUGCACAAACGGAAAACGGAAAAGGCUCAGUUGAGGUGAAGUACAUUUCAUCUUUUGUCUCCGUGCGCAAUAAGAUUCAAAUCAGAAUCAGUGAUUUCGUUAGAAUCAGAUCUAAUGUUCGGACUGUCAAAGGUUUCGUUUUAUAUAGGCUAAUAAUCCGCGUAAUUCGUUUUCUUCCUCGAAUAUAUACCGAAUAUAUAUCGAUGAACCUAUUCUGCCCAAGAGAUUUCGGUGAAGCUGAAACGCUUAACUAGUCAUCGAUUUAAUAAUCUUCAGUGAAUUUACGGCGAUGUUAUUGAUUGUUUGAAAUGUUUAAAAAAAUUGGCGUAAUGCGCUUUACUAAUUGCCGGUGUUCGUUUGGCGGCAGACUUCCUAUCGAUACGACUGGGGAACAUAUUAUUCUGUUUUAUUAGAAUGCUGUAUUCUAGCGUAUGCAUUAUUACAAUACCGGCAUCUAAUAUCCGCAUUGCCGACACGUGUCAUUAUAUCUCGAGAUGGAAAUAAAUUAUAUCGGUGCCAUCUGACUUAUUGCUAUUUUUAAUUUUCAAUCAAAUCACUCAUGAUAUGUGUCAUGUAUGAUAUAAUAAUUGUUUAAAAUAUGAAUGUUGAAUCCGAAUCGAUUUUUAAAUAGUAUUUUGUAAUUUUUUCAUAUGGACAUGCAUCAUAUUAUCUAGAGAUACAUGUAGAUCUAGCAACCAGCAAUUAAUUGUGAUAUUGUAAAUUAAUUUUACA